GCGACAGACUUUGUGACAUUAAUGUUUCACUUGAUUGUGAGACAUUUGUUGGUGCAACAGCACAUCAGUUCACUCACGGAUUUAGGAUUUAAUGCAGAGAUGGGGUGGACCACCUGUAUCAUUUGGUUUCUGUAUGUGUCAGUGAGUGAGUGCUGGCAUCUGCCUGACUCAGAACCUCCAAUGCAUGGGCAUAUCCAGUCCCCCCAGUAUCCUCAGCCUUACCCUCCCAACCUGCAAGAGCAGUGGGACCUCAGUGUACCAGAGGGCUACCAUAUCCGACUCACCUUCACACACUUGGACAUUGAAGCUUCUGCAGGCUGCCAUUACGACGCCCUUACAGUUCUCUAUGAUGGUAAGGCCCUGGGAAAGUUUUGUGGCCAUGAGAAUUCAGCUGAUGGGAAUCACCCAGGCAACCAGCCCAUAUUGUCUCCAGGCAACACACUCACGCUUUUGUUCCAGACAGACAAAAGCAACCCAGAGCGCCACCAGAAUGUGGGCUUCUCUGCUGAGUAUCAGGCAAUAGACAUAGAUGAGUGCUCUGCACCAGAAACUGAAGAUGGUCCACUCUGCUCUCAGAUCUGCCUUAACACAGUUGGCUCAUACCUCUGCUCCUGUCACCAUGGCUUCGAGCUUCGCUCAGACCAGCGCACCUGUGUGUUAUCCUGCACCGGUGGUAUAUUUGAAGAGCCAGAGGGACAUCUGUCCAGUCCAGGAUACCCUAAUCCACCACCACAUGCUGUCACCUGUCAGUACAUCAUUUCUGUAGAAUUUGGCUUCACUCUCUCUCUUAACUUCACCGACAACUUCCACAUCGAGAGCUUGGACACUGCUGAAGGCCUGAACUGUCCCUAUCACUGGUUGAAGAUUACCAUUCCAAACGAAAAGCCGAUGAAGCUGUGUGGUGGAAAGAGUCCGGGUCUAAUUUCUACACAUUCCAACACUGUCACUCUGGACUACCACACUGAUAAUGACGGCCAAAGCAGCGGCUGGAGCCUGGACUACAGCACCCACAGAGUGAAGUGUCCAUUUCCCGGUAAGGUAGCUAAGGGCAGGGUCACUCCUGUUCUGAGCGAAUAUCUCUACAGAGACCACAUCUUUGUGCGCUGUGACCAAGGAUACAAGCUGAUGACGAAUGGGAAGGAGAUCAAGAGUUUCUCUGCAGUGUGCCAAAGCAGUGGACAGUGGCACCUCCCUCUGCCAGAAUGCCACAUAAUUGAUUGUGGAAAACCUAAACCGUUGCUGAACGGAGGGGUGACCUUCCUGUCUGGCUUUCAGAAUCAGUACCUUUCUGUUAUUCAGUAUCAUUGCAAUGAACCAUUUUACUCUCUCCUUGGGGGGAUGACUGCUGAAUUCACAUGUGAAGCAGACAGAAACUGGAGAUCCAACAAUAACUUGGUUGUCAGUCCAACAUGCAUACCAGUCUGUGGCAAGCCCACAAAACAAAUCUCUGCCUAUCAGAGAAUCAUUGGAGGCAAAGAAGCUCCAGAUGAUACAAUCCCCUGGCAAGUGUUACUGAGUGUAGAUGGACAAAGAGGAGGAGGCAUGGUGAUUGCAGACCGCUGGAUUUUGACUGCAGCUCAUGUCCUCAAACAUAAUGGAAAUAUCACAUCAAGCGAGGCUGUACGGGCUUACAUGGGACUCACUAAUGUUAAGGCCCUGCAGCUGUCUCCUUUGAAUGCUGCUUCAGUCCAUGUUCACCCUGAAUACAACAACCCAAAUGGCUUAAACUACGACCAUGAUAUUGGCUUGGUCAAACUGCAAGAACCAGUCACCUUCAACUCAUCCAUUAUGCCGAUAUGUUUACCAGGAGAGGGCACCACAUACACCACUGGCAUGAUGGGACUUGUGUCAGGCUUUGGUCUCACAGAGGAGGGCAGACGACGGAUUCUGACAAAUAAGCUUAAGUACGUGCAGCUCCCAGUGGUGGAGCAGGAGGCAUGUAGCAAUUCAGUCACUCUGGCGAAGAGGACAAGGGACUAUGUACCAAAUCUAACAAAUAACAUGUUUUGUGCUGGAGUCCCUGAAGGUGGGAAGGACUCCUGCCAAGGUGACAGCGGAGGCCCGUUCACUGUGAGUGAUGAUGGACAAUUCUGGGCUGCUGGGAUUGUCAGCUGGGGGGUCGACUGCGGACAACAGGGAACAUACGGAGUCUAUACCAGAGUCAGCAAUUAUGUGGACUGGAUCAACAAGACUAUGCAGGAGAACUGAAAUCUAUUGUAAUUCAUUACAACAUGAUAUGAAAAAUGUCAUGAAACAAAAUUAAAAACAAUUAAAACAAGUAAACAAAUCUCUAACAGCAUAAUGCAUAUUGUUUCCAAGGAAAGCUAUGAAUUAAGAUCUUCAAGCUUAUAAUAUGAUCAAAUGCUACUUAGAAACACCUCUGAGCUUCCAUAAAAUUACUGAAUAAAUGUCAUACUGAUUGUAUUGUUUCACACUGAUUUUUUUAAUGAAGUGACAUAAUUGUAGAUGCUUUUUUAUGCGUGUAUCUCAGACUGGUCACAGAUCUUCUGUCUGGUAAAGAUGAUAACCAGAUUAGUAUCCACUUAACACUGUAUGACCUUUAAGAGGAGAUGAUAAUUGUAUGUUGUUGAAAGACAUACAUGUACAUGCAUUUCCAGUUAUGCUGAGUCAAAAAAUUCCAAAUAGCAUCUUUUUCUUUUUUAAUUAAACACAUUUUUCACCACA